AUGAUGUUUUUCAGAGAGCAUGUUGGUGCAUGUUCCACCCAAGUGAGGGAAGUGGCUUUGAACAUUUUGCAGCUAAUCAGUGAAGGACUUGGGCUAGAACCUGGGUAUUUCAGGGAUGAACUUAGCCAAGUGUCUUUACUCUCAGUCAAUAAUUACCCACCUUGUCCAGACCCAAGUUUGACAUUAGGGUUACCUAAACACUGUGACCCAAAUCUCAUAACCAUUUUACUUCAAAGGGAUGUAAAUGGGCUUCAAGUUUUCAAGGAUGGAGAAUGGAUUGGUGUGGAGCCUCUUCCCAAUGCACUUGUGGUCAACAUAGGCUAUCAGUUACAGAUUAUCAGUAAUGGGAAGCUGAAAUGUGCCGAACAUCGGGCCGUUACGAAUUCCAGAAGUGCUAGGACAUCUGCUGCAUUUUUCUUCACUCCUUCCCCUGAUUGCCUCAUAAAACCUGCAGGAGCUCUUAUUAAUGCAAGCAAUCCCCAACUCUACAAAGCGUUUCAGUACAAAGAGUUCUUUACCAACUAUGCUAUGAAGCAGGGUCAAACCGACAUUGUACUUGAACCAUUCAAGCUCCAAGCUUAGUUGAUGAUCAUGCUCUUGAACUUUUGGUUGAGCUUUGUUCAUUUGAAUAACUGUCGUUUUGCUCUAUGUAGAGGCAAAAGCAGAGCAACUGGUCCAUAUUUAUGUGGGUGAACAUUGACAUUGUAAAAUUGUUCACCGGAUCAUUCAAGUUUAAAGAGAAGUUUAUUUGUGACACAAUAAUGAGUUUAUUGAAUUCAAGAAGUUGUGCUCUCAAACAGAAAAACUUGCAAGAUGAUGUAAAAUGGAGUGAUUUCAAGCAUAGAAAUGAAAUG